AUUCGUUGCGUGGGAAUAUAAUUACAAACUUAACGCAGGAAUACUAUUUUAUUCUUAAAAUUUGAUCCUAUCAAAGGGGAGGUUAAAUUAUAGAUUAAGUAAAUCACGACAGCACAGUGUGCUCGCUGUCGCAGUACUGAAUAAAAGUUUCGGUGUUCAGUGGUUCGCUUUGAAUUUGAAAAUGGCCUGUGUCCUGCUUGGUUCUCUUUCGGUCUCUUCAAAGCUCACGAGUGUCACUCAAGUUGUCAUGUGAAUGGAUAGGCAUCACCAUGAAGUAGUUUGGAAAGGAGGUAGAACAGGUGAAUUGUGGUGCAUUAAUCAUGGUGCGGAAUUUGGGAAAUGCACCGGUUCUGAUUGACGGCUAAAAGUAAUUAGAACUAAUCUUGGGAUACUGUUUGCCUGUCAAAGCUAUUAUACCAACGGGCGCAGGCAUGGUAUGAUUAGGGCAAGUUCUCAUUUGGUGGGGAUCCGUGUUAGGUUGCUUUGGUUCCUUCUGCUAGUGUGAUUGGGGAAGGUGAGAAGUUGAUAGGGUGAAGGUGAAUCAACCAAGCUUUUGAGCUUCUUUUGGAGAAAUAUGAUUCUUUCUGCUCUCUUAACUUCUGUUGGAAUAAAUCUUGGCCUCUGUUUUCUAUUUUUUGGUCUGUAUUCUAUACUGAGGAAGCAACCAGGUAACAUCAAUGUUUAUGCACCGCGCUUGGUUGCCCAAGGAAAAUCUCAGCAAAAAGGUCAUUUCAACUUGGAGAGGUUAAUACCUUCGCCUGGUUGGGUGACAGCAGCAUGGCAACCUUCUGAAGAAGAACUGUUGUCGAUCUCGGGCUUGGAUGCUGUGGUCUUCAUGCGUAUAUUCAUCUUUAGUUUGAGAGUAUUUUCCUUUGCUGCGAUUAUUGGGAUCUUCGUUCUUCUUCCGAUUAAUUUUCUGGGAAAUCAGCUCAGCAUUGAUUUUUCUGAUCUGCCCCACAAAUCUUUGGACUCAUUCAGUAUUUCGAACGUCAAUGAUGGCUCAAAUAGGUUAUGGAUUCACUUCUCUGCUGCGUAUAUCCUCACUGGGGUUGUCUGCUAUCUUCUUUAUUUUGAAUAUGACUACAUUUCAUCCAAAAGGAUAGCUUACUUCUACUCAUUGAAACCCCAACCACAUCAAUUCACCAUUUUAGUGCGUGGUAUCCCUGUUUCACCUGGGAGCAGCAUCAGUGAAAGUGUUGAGAACUUUUUUAUGGAUCGCUAUCCUUCUACUUAUCUUUCACAUUUGGUGGUUCGCAGAACAAGCAGACUUCAAGGACUCAUUAGUGAUGCAGGGACGCUGUACAGAAUGCUCAUCCACUUAAAAUCAACAAAGCAUUCUCAACAGAGAAUCAAGCGUGAUGGAUUUUUGGGACUUUUUGGAAACAGAGUAGAUCUUUUAGAUCACUAUGAAAAGAAGUUAGAGGAGUUACAGGAUAAUGUGAGAAUGGAGCAAACUUCUGUUGCAGGAGAGGAAGUUCCAGCCGCCUUUGUGUCUUUCAAGUCACGGUUUGGUGCUGCAGUAGCUUUACAUAUCCAACAGGGUGUUAACCCCACAGAGUGGGUCACUGAGCAAGCUCCUGAGCCCCAGGAAGUGCACUGGCCUUUCUUUUCUGCAUCAUUUAUAAAAAGAUGGAUUUGCAAGCUGGUGGUUUUUGUUGCAUGUGCCAUACUCACAAUUCUCUUCCUUAUUCCAGUAGUAUUAGUGCAAGGACUUACUCAUCUGGAGCAGUUGGAGAUCUGGUUCCCUUUCCUGAGAGGCGUAUUACGUAUAGCAUUUGUAAGUCAAGUGAUUACAGGAUAUCUUCCUAGUCUCAUUCUUCAGUUGUUCCUAUCUUUUGUACCGCCCAUUAUGAUAAUGUUUUCCUCCAUGCAAGCAUACAUCUCCCUCAGUCAGAUUGAAGAAAGUGCAUGCAACAAGAUGUUAUGGUUCACCAUUUGGAAUAUUUUCUUUGCCAAUGUACUAUCUGGAUCAGCUAUCUCUCAGAUUAAUGUCUUCCUGGAGCCUAAGGAAAUUCCCAGGAUACUAGCUGAAGCUGUUCCAGCACAGGCAUCGUUCUUCAUUGCAUAUGUUGUGACAUCAGGAUGGACUAGCCUAUCAUCAGAGCUCUUUCGAUUGAUUCCUCUCAUUUGCACUUGUAUAAAAAGACCUUUUUCCGGAAUAAAUGAUGACUUUGAGGUUCCAUUAAUUCCUUAUCACAAAGAAAUUCCUAGGAUUAUCUUCUUUGGACUUCUCGGCAUAACAUACUUCUUCCUUGCUCCAUUAAUUCUUCCAUUCCUCUUGGUUUACUAUUGUCUGGGAUACAUCAUAUACCGCAAUCAGCUGCUGAAUGUAUAUGCAUCCAAGUUCGAAACUGGAGGAAAGUUUUGGCCUACAGUCCAUAAUUCUACAAUAUUUUCAUUGGUACUGAUGCAUAUUAUUGCAAUUGGAAUAUUUGGGCUGAAGAAGCUUCCUUUGGCAUCAAGUUUGACCAUUCCUCUUCCUAUCCUCACUCUUCUUUUUAAUGAAUACUGCCGAAAACGGUUCUUACCCAUUUUCAAGGCUUAUCCUGCUGAGUGUUUGAUAAGGAAAGACAGAGAAGACCAGAAUGAUCCCACAAUGGCUGAUUUUAUGGAUAAAUUAGUCGCAGCAUAUCAGGAUCCUGCUUUGAUGCCAAUCCGAUACUCCCAAAGCAAUGAUGGCCACAACUCUCCCCUUCUUCAUCACGCUGAAGUUUGAAGGUACUGUCGUUUUAUACUGGAAUGAUGUUCGAUGAUGACAAGCUAGAAAAACCAUUGUUAAUAUGCACCGAGAUUGAAAUUUUGCUCCAUGAAGAUGUAUGUAUAGCUUCUUGUAACACCUAUUUGCAUGUGUUGUAUUCGCUCGACUCAUUGCCUAGCUACCAUGAAUUUUGAUGCUAAUAGCCUUUUUUUUGGGUGUGAAAUUGCCCAUUUAGUUUCCAUUCA